UGGAACUCUCUCUCUCUCUCUCUCUCUCCUGCAUUACUCGCGCGCGUUCUCCCUCUCCUCUCUUCUUCUUUCUGAGGCAGCAGCAGCGAUGGAGAAAGGGAAGAAGGCAUCGCCGGAAGACGAGCACCCUCGAAAGGCGUUCGGAUGGGCCGCCAGGGAUUCCACCGGCGUUCUCUCGCCCUUCAAAUUCUCACGAAGGAAAAAUGGUGACACUGAUGUUACCUUAAGAAUUCUUUACUGUGGGAUCUGUCACUCCGACCUUCACUGCAUCAAGAACGAAUGGGCCAACACUGUCUACCCAGUUCUUCCAGGGCAUGAGAUUGUGGGUGUCAUAACUGAUGUGGGCAGCAAGGUGAACAAGUUCAAGGUAGGAGACAAGGCCGGCGUGGGUUGCAUGGUGAACUCCUGCCGUUCCUGCCCCAGCUGCAAGCAGGAGUCGGAGAACUACUGCGGUGGACUCAUCCUCACCUACAACUCCAUCGACACCGACGGGACGAUGACCUACGGCGGCUACUCCGACACGAUCGUCGUCAAGGAACACUUCGUGGUUCGGUUCCCGGAGAGCAUGCCGCUCGACAAGGGCGCCCCGCUGUUGUGCGCCGGCAUCACGGUGUAUACCCCCAUGAAGUACUUCGGCCUCAGCGAGCCAGGGAAGCACCUCGGCGUCGUCGGCCUCGGGGGGCUCGGCCAUGUGGCCGUCAAGUUCGGCAAGGCCUUUGGGAUGAAGGUGACGGUGAUCAGCACAUCCCCGAGCAAGCAGAAGGAAGCCACGGAGAGUCUGGGGGCAGAUGCAUUCCUGGUUAGCAGAGACUCCGAGCAAUUGAAGGCUGCAAUGGGAACCAUGGAUGGCAUCAUAAACACUGUUUCGGCAGUCCAUGACAUCGCACCAUUGAUCAAUCUUCUGAAACCCCAUGGGAAGAUGAUAAUGGUGGGUGCACCUGACAAGCCACUGCAGCUGCAUGUUUUCCCCUUGAUCAUGGGUGGGCGGAUUCUGGCUGGGAGCUGCAUCGGAGGGAUGAAGGACACACAGGAGAUGAUAGACUUCGCUGCAAAGCACAACGUGUCUGCAGACAUUGAACUCGUCAGAAUUGAUUACGUGAACAAGGCCAUGGAGAGGCUUGCCAAGGGUGAUGUCCGGUAUCGAUUCGUCAUCGACAUUGCCAACACCUUGAGUGCCGCUUGAGGUUGUGAUGGGAGCACAGUUGGAUUUGCCACUGUUCUUAGUUAUCCUCAUGCAUCUGUUGCUUUCGUUUCAGUUGGUUCUGCUUUUGGUGUCCUGUUGGAGGUCCUGAAACAGAGUAUCGUAGUAACUGUGUUUGGUACAUGAAUUUGCGAUAUGGUGCCAAAGGUUAAUGCUCGGCAGAGAUUAUAGUAUCAAUAAGAUUGUUUCGACGUACUGCUUCA